AUGGUGUUAAGUCCCUCUGAUGUUCCAAAUAAAGGUCCCUUAUUUGUCAAGGUCACCGCUGUUUUGACGGUGAUUGCUUUCAUAUUAGUGGCCUACCGAAUAGUAUGGAAGGUUUACAUGAAAAGCAAAAUCGCUACAGAUGAUGCGAUCAUCUCUUUCUCCAUGGCUAUACAAAUUGUGAAUACAGUCAUGGGCGACUUGGCAUGUCACUACGCCUUCGGUCGCCACCGCGCCGACGUGGCUCGAACAGGAGGCAACCGAGUCCUCGCAUUGAAGUGGUACCAACUAACCUUGCAUGACUGGGUAGUUCUUCUGGCUCUUCCAGAUCCUCUACAAACUCGUCCUGUGCCUGAACAAGUUAUCCUUCCUCGCUUUCUACCUCCGCCUCUUCCCAACCCGCAAAUUCCGUCUCGUGUGCUGGAUCACCAUCGCCCUCGUGCUAUCAGGUACCUUCGGGUUCGUCAUCGCUACAAUCUUCCAAUGCAUCCCCGUCCACGCAAGCUGGCACAAGGACAUCCCUAA